CGUCCCCAAGGUCAGGGCGGCGGUGUCAGAGCGCGGCGCUGCCAUCACCGCCGUGACCUUCAACAGCAGUUUGCUCACCCCCAUCAACGUCAGCGUCGACCCCACCAUCCAGGUGGUCCGCACCCAGGAGAAGGAGCAGAUCAAAGGUCUGAACAACCGCUUCGCCUCCUUCAUCGACAAGGUCCGAUACCUAGAACAGCAGAACAAAAUGCUAGAAACCAAGUGGAGCGUCCUGAAGGAGCAGACGGACGCCGCCUCCAACAUCGAGCCCAUGCUGAAGUCCUACAUCCUGGGCCUGGAGCAGCAGCUGGACUUCCACAACCAGGAGAAGCAGAGGCUGGACAUGGAGAACAGCGUGAUGCACAAAAACGUGGACGACUAUAAAAACAGGUACGAGAAGGAGAUCCACAUGAGGACUGACGCAGAGAAUGAGUUUGUCAUGUUGAAGAAGGACGUGGACUCAGGCUACAUGUCCAGGGUGGAGCUGGACGACAGGGUGUCUGGUCUGGCUGAAGAACUGGACUUCCUGAAGACUCUGUACGACACCGAGCUGCGGGAGCUGCAGGAGAGCCUGAAGGACACGUCCGUGGUGGUGGAGAUGGACAACUCCAGAGCUCUGGACAUGGACCAGAUCGUGGCUGAAGUCAAGGCUCAGUACGAGGACGUCGCCACGCGCAGCCGCGAGGAGGUGGAGCGCUGGUACAAAGACAAGUUCAACCAGAUGUCGGCUCAGGCAGAGCUGAACAGUGACGAGAUGAGGAACACCAAGGCAGAGAUGGCUGAGCUGAAGAGGAUGAUCAGUCGUCUGCAGAACGAGAUCCAAGCCCUGAAGAACCAGGUGGUCAGUCUGGAGGGUCAGAUCACAGAGGCAGAGCGGCGCGGGGAGGACGCGGUGAAGGAGGCCAGGUUUCGGAUCCUGGAGCUGGAGCAGGCUCUGCAGAAGACCAAACAGGACAUGACCCUGCAGCUGAAACAGUACCAGGAACUGAUGAACGUCAAGUUGAGCCUGGACAUAGAGAUCUCCACCUACAUGAAGCUGCUGGAGGGAGAGGAACAGAGACUGGGACAGGACACCGUCACCAACAUCCACACUGUUCCAAACAAAGUCACCACCGUCCAGGGACCGCAGCGCCGACGAUCCGGUCCACUUUUCAUCAAGACCAUGGAGACCAGUGACAGGUCGUACAACAACAACAACAACAACAACAACAGCUGAACUCCUGUGAUUAGGAACUGGAACUCUUUA